AUGGUUCAAGCACAGGCUUCACUUGCUCUGGAUGACCAGCUUGCUGCUGGCUGGUUUGGCUGGAUGAGAAAUAAGGGUAUCCUGAAACUCAAUGCCAUUCUGUGCCUGUCGCUCAUCUCGAGUUACGCGACUGGCUAUGAUGGAAACUCGCCAUCUUUAAUUGUCGGUGCAUUCAUUAUGCUCGUUGGUGUCGGUCUUCAAGGCGGAGCCCAAAACACCGGAAUGUUUAUCGCAGCUCGUGGUAUCCUCGGUUUCGGUCUGGCCCUGAACAUCACAGCCGCUCCCGUUCUUAUCAUGGAAUUGGCGUACCCCACGCAAAGAGCCCCCAUGGUCUCUAUCUACAACACACUUUGGGGUCUUGGUGCUCUUUCAGCAGCAUGGAUUACCUACGGUACUUUCAGAAUCGAGAGCUCUUGGGCGUGGAGAAUUCCCUCUAUUCUGCAGGCUUUGUCUAGUGUUUUGCAGAUUUGUCUGUGUUUUGUUAUCGAUGAGUCGCCCAGAUGGCUUGUCGCCAAAGACCGAGAUGCUGAGGCUGAGAAGCUUCUUAUCAAGUACCACGCCAACGGCGACAGCAACAACCCAGCUGUUGGGGUUGAGAUGGAAGAGAUUCGUGCUGCGAUCCGUCUUGAGAAUGAGGCUAUGGAAUCCACAAGCUAUCUCUCCUUCUUCAAGACCAAGGGAAACCGUCGUCGUUUCUUUAUCAUUCUGUCGGUUGGCUUCUUCAGUCAGUGGAGUGGCAAUGGUUUGAUCAGCUACUACCUGACUCUUAUCCUCAACUCCAUCGGCUACCGCUCCCAGGAAACCCAGACUCUCAUCAACGCGCUGUUGACAAUUUGGGGUCUCUUCUGGGGUGUCGUGUUUUCGCUCCUCGUCAACAAGAUCCCUCGUCGAACUCUUUUCCUUGGGUCAACGCUUGGUACACUGGCUACAUACAUCACAUGGACAGCGCUACAGGCCACAUACGAGCAAUCAACCGACGUCAACUCAGAUGGCACUGGUGGACCCAGCGGUAUUGCCAAGGGUGUAUUGGCCAUGAUCUUCCUCUUCAACGUCUUCUUCACUGCAGGUUGGGGUGUCUUGCAAGUCACAUAUGUUGUUGAAAUUCUGCCCUUCAACCUCCGAGCCAGAGGACUUGUGCUUUACAAUCUCUUCGUUGCGUGCGCCCUCAUCUUCAACCAGUACGCCAACCCAGUUGGAGUUACCAACUCUAAGUGGAAGUACUACAUCACGUACGAUGUGUGGCUGGCUGUAGAGGCUCUCGUUGUUUACUUCCUGUUUGUGGAGACACGUGGGUUGAGUCUGGAGGAGACAGCGUUGGUGCUGGAUGGCCAAGAGGCGGGUGAUAGACUCGUGGGAGAGGUUCUGCGAAACACAGAAAAGACUGCUGUCCAUGUUGUCGAGACUAAGCAGUCUUUUGCGUAG